GAAUUAGUGACAUUUAAAGAUGUGGCUAUAGACUUCACGUUGGAAGAGUGGCGGUUGAUGGAUCCAACACAGAGGAACUUGCACAGGGAUGUGAUGCUAGAGAAUUAUAGGAAUCUUGUUUCCUUGGGGCUUGCAGUUUCCAAACCAGACAUGAUAUCUCAUUUGGAAGAUGGAAAAGGACCAUGGGUGAUAGUGAGAGAAAUUUCAAGAACCCCCUACCCAGAGUUGGAGACCAAACCUAUAACCAAGAAUGCUAUUCCAACAGAGGAUGUGUCCGAAGAACACUUACCACUGGAGACCAUAGGAGAGAAACUGACAGAGAAUGGUCUAUGCGACACCAGAAUUGGAGGAUUAUGGAAAUGGAACGACAGGAACCAGGAGGUGUCACAGAAGAACCCCACAGCAAAUACCAAAUAAGUGAGGAAAAAUUUAUGAGUAAUUUAGAUUUGAUUACAGAUACCCAUUUGGGGGUGAAAAUUUUCAAGGAUACAGAAGGCAGCAAAGUUGUAAGCCCUGCUUCAGAACUCACUUUAGGGGAAAAGACCAGUAAUAAAGCAAAACCCUACACGUGUAGUACAUGUGAAAAGGCCUUCCGUUACAGGUCAUUACUCAUUCAACAUCAGAGAACUCACACUAAAGAAAAACCUUAUGAAUGUAGUGAAUGUGGGAAAAUGUUCAGCCAGCCUUCAUAUCUUAGUCAACAUAAAAAAAUCCACACUGGAGAAAAACCCUAUAAAUGUAAUGAAUGUGGAAAGGCCUUCAUUGCCUCUUCAUCACUUAUGGUACAUCAGAGAAUUCAUACUAAGGAGAAACCUUAUCAGUGCAAUGUCUGUGGAAAAUCUUUUAGCCAGUGUGCCCACCUUAAUCAACACCAGAGAAUUCAAACUGGAGAGAAGCCCUGUAAAUGUAGCGAGUGUGGGAAAGCUUUUAGUGAUAAAUCAAAACUUGCACGACAUCAGGAAACUCACAAUGGAGAGAAACCCUACAAAUGUAAUGAUUGUGGGAAAGCUUUUAGGAAUAAGUCAUAUCUUAGUGUACAUCAGAAGACCCAUACUGAGGAGAAACCAUAUAAAUGCAAUGAGUGUGGGAAAUCUUUCAAGAAUACCACAAUUUUUAAUGUUCAUCAGAGAAUUCAUACUGGAGAGAAACCCUUUAGAUGUAAUGAAUGUGGAAAAGCCUAUAGAAGUAAUUCAAGCCUUAUUGUACAUAUAAGAACUCAUACUGGGGAAAAACCCUAUGAAUGUAAUGAAUGUGGGAAAGCUUUCAAUCGUAUAGCAAAUUUCACAGAACAUCAGAGGAUUCACACAGGAGAAAAACCCUAUAAAUGUAAUGAAUGUGGGAAAGCAUUCAUUAAUUAUUCAUGUCUUACUGUACACCACAGAAUGCAUACAGGAGAGAAACCAUAUGAAUGUAACGAAUGUGGAAAGGCCUUCAUGCGUUCUUCAUCUCUAAUUAUACAUCAGCAAAUUCAUACUGAAGAGAAACCUUAUCUCUGUAAUGAAUGUGGGGAAUCUUUCAGAAUAAAAUCACACUUAACUGUACAUCAGAGGAUUCAUACUGGGGAGAAACCAUAUAAGUGUACUGACUGUGAGAGGGCAUUUACCAAAAUGGUAAAUCUCAAAGAGCAUCAGAAAAUUCAUACUGGUGUGAAACCCUACAACUGCUAUGAUUGUGGAAAAUCCUUCAGGACUAAGUCAUACCUUAUUGUACAUCAGAGGACCCAUACUGGAGAAAAACCAUACAAAUGUAAUGAGUGUGAGAAAGCUUUCACUAACACAUCACAGCUUACUGUCCACCAAAGAAGGCAUACUGGAGAAAAACCCUAUAAAUGUAAUGAAUGUGGGAAGGUUUUCACAAGUAACUCAGGCUUUAAUACUCAUCAAAGGACAUAUACUGGGGAGAAACCAUUUAAAUGUAAUGACUGUGGCAAAGCAUUUAGCCAGAUGGUACAUGUCACAGAACAUCAGAAAAUCCAUAGUGGAGAGAAACCCUAUAAAUGUGAUGUCUGUGGAAAAGCCUUCAGGAGGGGUUCGUACCUUACAGUGCAUUGGAGAACACAUACUGGAGAAAAACCCUACACAUGUAAGGAAUGUGGAAAAGGUUGUAUUACUCUAUCACAGCUAACUCUGCAUCAGAGGAUUCAUACUGGGGAGAGGCCCUAUAGGUGUGAAGAAUGUGGGAAAGCCUUUAGAACUAAUUCAGACUUUACUGUACAUCUGAGGAUGCACACAGGAGAAAAACCUUAUAAAUGUAAUGAAUGUGCAAAAGCCUUUAGGAGUAGCUCAAGCCUUACUGUACAUCAAAGAAUACAUCAGCGAGAAACUCACCAGGUUUGCAGCAGGCCUGCAAUAGCCCAGGAACCUCCCAUGCAGUGGAAGGUAUCAGUGUGGGACCAGAAGGGAGACCAAGUCCUGGUCAAGAAAAAGGAAUUUGAGAGGGUGUCCCAGGAAGCCUGA